AUGGACUUGAUGAACAGAGUGUUCAAACCCCACCUUGAUGAAUUUGUGAUCGUGUUCAUCCACGAUAUUUUGGUCUAUUCGAAAGAUAAGAGGGAGCAUGUUGGACAUUUUCGGACGGUACUUCAGGUCUUGAGGGAGAAGCAGUUAUACGCCAAGCUCUCUAAGUGUGAGUUUUGGAAAGACAGUGUGACGUUUCUAGGCCACGUGAUCGAUAGUAGGGGGAUUUCUGUGGAUCCAGACAAGAUACGGGCAGUGAAAGAUUGGACUGUACCUUCAUCGGUGGCGGAAGUAAGAAGUUUUCUUGGUUUAGCGGGUUAUUAUCGAAGGUUUGUUUUGGAUUUCGCCAAGGUGGCUCAACCUUUGACUAAGUUAUUAAGGAAAGAAGUGCCUUUCUUUUGGGAUCAAGCUUGUGAGUUAGCAUUUCGAGAUUUGAAGGAGAGGCUCACGACUGCACCAGUCUUAAUAUUGCCAUCAGGAACGGAAGGGUUUGAGGUAUACAGUGAUGCGUCCAAGAAAGGACUAGGUUGUGUGUUGAGGCAAAAUAGGAGAGUGAUUGCUUACGCCUCGCGUCAGCUGAAAGUUCACGAAGAGAAUUACCUUACACACGAUCUGGAAUUGGCCGCCGUAGUGUUUGCCUUGAAAAUUUGGAGGCACUAUCUAUAUGGAGGAGAUGUGGAGGCAGAAGUUCGUUGCUAUAACUUAAGGAUUGUACCCACAUUUCUGGGAGAAAUUAAGGAAGAGAAGCAAAAGGAUGCAUAUUUGACAAAGUGGAAGCGACAGAUUUUGGAAGGGGGUCAUAACACACCCUAUUCGGUCCACCCCAGAGGAGACAAGUUAUACAAAGACGUGAAGGGCUUCUUCUGGUGGCCUAAUAUGAUGAAGGAAGUUGCAGAGUUUGUUGGGAAAUGCCUUAACUGUCAGAAGGUAAAAGCGGAACGUUGUAAGGUAAAGGGGUUGGUACAACCAUUAGAAGUUCCACAAGGAAAGUGGGAUUCUAUAUCUAUGGAUUUCGUGGGAGGUCUGCCGACAACCCGUUCAGUGGUAAAGUAUCAUGGAGUUUCGAGGGAUAUCGUCUCCGAUAGGGAUCCAAGGUUCUUGUCUCAAUUUUGGAAAUCCUUGCAAGCAGCUCUUGGAACUAAGCUAAGUCUCAGUACUGCUUUCCACCCAGCCACUGAUGGACAAAAAGAAAGGACUAUACAGAUUAUCGAAGAUAUGUUGAGAGCUUGUAUGUUGGAUUUUCAAGGAUCUUGGGAGGACCAUUUGGAUUUGAUCGAGUUUUCUUACAACAACAGUUACCAUUCGAGCAUUCGCAUGGAACCUUAUGAAGCUCUCUAUGGACAGAAGUGUCGCAGUCUGCUUUGUUGGGAGGAUCUUGUCAAUCCGAUAGUUUUGGGACUGCAAUAUUUAUUGAACACAUCCGAGAAAGUUAAACAGAUUCAGGAAAGGAUGAAGUCGGCUCAGAAUCGUCAAAAGUCUUAUGCAGAUCUGGCUAGAAGACAAGUGGAGUUCUCGGUUGGGGAUAAGGAUUGGGAGUUUGGCUUACCAUUUGGCGUUGCCUAUGGAGUUGGAAAGGAUGCAUAA